AUGGCCCUGCUGACCGAUCCCGAGACUCCCAAGCCCAAGCCUACCUUCACUCCUGGACAGAUGGAAGCAGCGAGUAAGACUCCUCCAGUUGUUUGCAAACAUCCCGAGGUUCUGACUCGUCGCCAACAACUUGACGCCAAAAAGAACAAGAAGGAUGCCCAGGAGGAUGAGCCGAAGGAGGAUGAGCAGAAGGAUGAAGCAGAGCAGCCAGGAAGCGAUGAUGAACCACAGGAGGUGAUGAAAAAACCAGCGUCAAGGAAGGCAGGCAAGGAGAAAACUCAGCCCAAGGCCAAGGCCAAGGGCAAAGCUAAGUGUAAGGCGAAAGCAUCCCCGAAGCGCAAAGCUUCCCCAAAGAAAGCACCCAAAAGUCGUGGUAGGAAGUCGAAGGAAGGCAAAGGUGCUGAGGACCAGGAAGAUGAGAAGGAUGAGGAGGAAGAGUCAACACCUGAACGCAAAGACCUUUCAAAGGAGUUUAAGCAUGCUGCUCAGGGCAAGACUGACCCCCCCGAGCCUGAGCACAAACCCAAGAGGAAAGCCCGCAAGAGCAAAAACAAGAACAAGAACAAGGAGGCUGAGAAAGGUCAGGGAUCUGCUGAAGGUGAUGCUGAGCCCCCCAAAACCCGCCGCCCCCGCAAGAGCAAGAAAGAGGAUCAGGGGAAUCAAGGGGAUGAUGCUGAGGUUGAUGUGAUGUAUGACAAGAUGAUGGUAGGAGUCAUUACCCAAACGUUGAAAGAAGUGAAGAGCAUGACAGUUGAUGAACUGAAGGAUUACCUGUGCAAUAAGAAGCUUGACCUCCCCAAUGACAAGUGUGAGUUGAAUGUGUAUUGGACCCAGACAGCUGCUGCUGUCCGCUUCAAGCUCAUCCCAUCAAAACCCGAUUCUUCCAGAUUCUCUUACAAGAUCGGCACGUGGAACACCCGUAUGGCUGCUGCUUUCAUCUCCUCCUAUCUCAUGGCUUCGUGGAUGGAGACCCAAACGGAUGACAUCCUGCUUGAAUACGAGGAGCCCUUUGGGCCUGUCAUGUACGAGAUGGCCAGGAUCAAGGUCAAUGCCAACGCUGCUUUGGAAGCGUUCACGGGGUCUGGAUGA